ACAAAAAGCUCGGUGCAGCAGCUCACCAAAGCGGUAGAUUUUUGACAGCUGUUUGCUUUGUUGUUUUUUGGUGGUGUUUGCGGUGUUAGUCAAAGCAUUCUUAGCAGCAGAUUAGUCCCUGGAGUUGUCGUUUCCGUUCCGUGGCCUGGCGCUGACCGCUGUUGUGCGGCCAAACCUCCGUGGCCGCUAUCUGCUGGCUCAUACUUGGCUAGUGUGUGAGCCAGCUGCUGACCAGCUUGGGAUCUGAUUCGUGCAUGCAGAGAGACUUCUGGAAUGCCGAAUUGGUCUGUUUGGACGUACAUCGCUCGUACACCCAUGCACUCCCGGACAAAAAAUUGGAGCAGAGCAUCCGCAAGAUCAACCAGGUGGACUGAUCGAGGAAAUAACUUGCCAAGUGGGAUCCGGUCCCGGAAAUCGGAGGAACUGGUCGAGCUGUUUCCGCCGUACGACGAGAUCACCGAGGUCUUCAUUAACAUGAAGAAGGACUACGCGUUCGUGAGCGUCGAUUUCUUCUAGAACGCCGAGAAGGUCAAGCGCAAGAACUGCAUCUUGAAGAUUCGUUUUGCGCCGAACGCGACCGCCCUGCGCGUCUCCAACCUGAAUCCGUUCGGAACCAACGAGUUGCUGUACCGCGUGUUCGAUGUGUUUGGUCCGGAAAAUCCACCAGCGAUAGCAUCGUCGAGUUCAAGAACAGGCCGAGCGCUACGGCCGCAUUGAAGUACUGCAGUGAAAAGUAUUUCGUCCUGAACUCUUCGCUGCGUCUGUGCUUCGGCGAAUCGUACACGUACUAGGACAACAACGCCGACGGCCGUUAGGAGAAGCUGAUAAAAAAGGAAUCCGGAGUUCUUAAAGUCCCGCCAGCAGGGCCUGCGCUUCGCCGACGUGGGAUCGCUCGAUCACGAGUACGGCCAGCGCUGGAAACACAUGCACGAGAUGUACAAGCAAAAGGUCGAGGCACUAAAACGCGACAUGGUCAUGGAGGAAAAGAAGCUUGAGGCGCAGAUGGAGUUUGCCCGCCACGAGCACGAGAUCGAGCAGCUGCGUGAACAACUCCGCAAGCGGGCACAGGACAAGGCCCGCAAAAAGGCCGACUGGGAGAUGAAGGAACACUUCGUCAUCGAAUCCCGCGAGCGACUUCAGCAGCAAAUGUCCGACCAGCGAAUGGGCUUUCAAGGCAACAAUAACUUCAAUAACCGUAACAAAUUCUUCGAUAUGAUGAACCAGGGAGGUGGUGGUGGCGGUGAAAACCGUAACAACAGUUUCGGAUGGGAGGUUCGCAACUACGGCCACGGAGGACGAAACGAAAUGGACCAGCAGCAGGAUCAACAGCAACAACAGCAGCAGCAGCAGUUUCAAGAAGGUCUGCCCGACCAGGACCGGGACAGGAACAGGGUCCUGGAGGUCCAUGCGGUGAAGGUGGCAUGGUAGACGGUGAUAACAUUGGACGUAAACCGCACAGGAUAAAAGCUUCAGAUCGUUUUUUAUGUUCUGGCGCUGGCCCGCUUCCAGAUCAAGUUGCUCGCGGAAGAAACAUUUCGACAGCGCAUUCCGCCAGGCAGCAACGACCACUCGGUUCAAUCGAGUCCAACGCCAGCGGAACCACUACCGACCGGGAGGUGGUUUCAAAUUUACAUCCUGUCGAAGUUACUCCUCGUUCGAGAAAGGCGAACAGCCGCUUUGAUGGCGCUGCAACAGAUUUUCGUUUUGGCAUUCGCGUUGAAAAGGUUUUUGUUCACAGUGUCGCAACGGCCGUUUGCUGGGUCAAGGCCCUCAUUCGAAGUCACACGAGCUAGCUGAUGGCGCUGGGCUCGGAGAAUCUGCUGGACAGCAUCUUCAGUCUGGGCAUCAUCGAGGUACCGGGUGCAGCAUGCCAACUCGUUGUUCAAGUAGAUGUUUGUUCGAGCCAAGGUCGAUCCGGUUGUAGCUGACCUGAGUAAGCAGUUCUAGUGCCGGCCCGCAUUCUACAUCCUCAUUCGAGAAAAGUUGCACCAGAUUUUCCCCACCUCUAGACGUGCUUUGAUCUAAGAUUUCGCCAAAAAUCUCUUCUUCAAAUAUUUUUUGUCUAAAAUAGCAUUGGAUAGAUUAAUUCGCUUUUUUUUUAAUAAAUUGUUGGGUUUGAUGCAGACUGCAUUUUUUAAGGCAGUAAAUUGCUUGUUGAAAUUUGUAGCAACUAAAUCCGCAAAUUUUUUAAUUAAAACUUAUCAAAAAUGGGAAACACAGAAAACAAAUCGAAAA